CAAACCUCUCUCCUUUUUUCUUUUUUUUUUUUUUUUGAUUGUUUUUAAUUUUAGCGCCAUCGUCUUCAAUGCCUCUCUGAACAGCCUUUAGGAAGAGUGUGAGAGAAAGAGAGAGCGCGCGCCAGGGAGAGGAGAAAAGAAGAUGAGGAUUAUUUGCAGACAGAUUGUCUUGUUGUUUUCUGGAUUUUGGGGACUCGCCAUGGGAGCCUUUCCGAGCAGCGUGCAAAUAGGUGGUCUCUUCAUCCGAAACACAGAUCAGGAAUACACUGCUUUUCGAUUGGCAAUUUUUCUUCAUAACACCAGCCCCAAUGCGUCGGAAGCUCCUUUUAAUUUGGUACCUCAUGUGGACAACAUUGAGACAGCCAACAGUUUUGCUGUAACAAAUGCUUUCUGUUCCCAGUAUUCUAGAGGAGUAUUUGCCAUUUUUGGACUCUAUGAUAAGAGGUCAGUACACACCUUGACGUCUUUCUGCAGCGCCUUACACAUCUCCCUCAUCACACCCAGCUUCCCCACUGAGGGGGAGAGCCAGUUUGUGCUGCAGCUAAGGCCUUCCUUACGAGGAGCACUCUUGAGUCUGCUGGACCACUAUGAGUGGAACUGUUUUGUCUUCCUGUACGACACAGACAGGGGAUACUCAAUACUUCAAGCUAUUAUGGAAAAAGCAGGACAAAAUGGUUGGCAUGUCAGCGCUAUAUGUGUGGAAAAUUUUAAUGAUGUCAGCUAUAGGCAACUUCUAGAAGAACUUGAUAGAAGACAAGAGAAGAAAUUUGUGAUAGACUGUGAGAUAGAAAGGCUUCAAAACAUAUUAGAACAGAUUGUGAGUGUUGGAAAGCAUGUUAAAGGCUACCAUUAUAUCAUUGCAAACUUGGGAUUCAAGGAUAUUUCUCUUGAGAGGUUUAUCCAUGGUGGAGCCAAUGUUACAGGAUUCCAGUUGGUAGAUUUUAACACACCUAUGGUAACCAAACUAAUGGAUCGCUGGAAGAAACUAGAUCAGAGAGAGUAUCCAGGAUCUGAGACUCCUCCAAAGUAUACAUCUGCUCUGACUUAUGAUGGAGUCCUCGUGAUGGCCGAAACUUUCCGAAAUCUUAGAAGGCAGAAAAUUGAUAUUUCGAGGAGAGGUAAUGCUGGGGACUGUCUGGCAAAUCCUGCCGCUCCAUGGGGCCAGGGAAUUGACAUGGAGAGGACACUCAAACAGGUUCGAAUUCAAGGGCUGACCGGGAAUGUUCAGUUUGACCACUAUGGACGUAGGGUCAAUUACACAAUGGAUGUGUUUGAGCUAAAGAGCACAGGACCUAGGAAGGUUGGUUACUGGAAUGAUAUGGAUAAACUAGUCUUGAUUCAAGAUGUCCCCACCCUUGGCAAUGACACAGCAGCUAUUGAGAACAGAACAGUGGUUGUAACCACAAUUAUGGAAUCCCCAUAUGUUAUGUACAAGAAAAAUCACGAAAUGUUUGAAGGAAAUGACAAGUAUGAAGGAUACUGUGUAGAUUUGGCAUCUGAAAUUGCAAAACAUAUUGGUAUCAAGUAUAAAAUUGCCAUUGUCCCUGAUGGAAAAUAUGGAGCAAGGGAUGCAGACACAAAAAUCUGGAAUGGGAUGGUAGGAGAACUUGUUUAUGGGAAAGCAGAGAUUGCUAUUGCCCCUCUGACAAUCACUUUGGUCCGAGAGGAGGUCAUUGACUUCUCUAAGCCCUUCAUGAGUUUGGGCAUAUCUAUCAUGAUCAAAAAGCCUCAGAAAUCUAAACCAGGAGUGUUUUCCUUCUUGGAUCCUCUGGCCUAUGAGAUUUGGAUGUGCAUAGUGUUUGCCUACAUUGGUGUCAGCGUGGUCUUGUUCCUAGUUAGUAGGUUUAGUCCUUAUGAGUGGCACACAGAAGAGCCAGAGGAUGGAAAGGAAGGACCCAGCGACCAGCCUCCCAAUGAGUUUGGCAUCUUUAACAGCCUCUGGUUUUCCCUGGGUGCUUUUAUGCAGCAAGGAUGUGACAUUUCACCCAGAUCCCUCUCAGGUCGAAUUGUUGGAGGUGUUUGGUGGUUCUUUACACUCAUCAUUAUAUCAUCUUAUACUGCUAACCUCGCUGCUUUCCUGACGGUGGAGCGAAUGGUCUCCCCCAUAGAAAGUGCAGAAGACCUGGCCAAACAAACGGAAAUCGCCUAUGGAACACUGGACUCAGGGUCAACAAAAGAAUUCUUCAGAAGAUCAAAAAUAGCAGUGUAUGAAAAGAUGUGGACCUACAUGCGAUCAGCAGAGCCGUCAGUGUUCACUAGGACUACAGCUGAGGGAGUGGCUCGUGUCCGCAAAUCCAAGGGCAAAUUUGCCUUUCUCCUGGAGUCCACUAUGAAUGAAUACAUUGAGCAGCGAAAGCCAUGUGACACGAUGAAAGUGGGAGGAAAUCUGGAUUCGAAAGGCUAUGGAGUAGCAACGCCCAAGGGUUCCUCAUUAAGAACUCCUGUAAACCUUGCCGUUUUGAAACUCAGUGAGGCAGGCGUCUUAGACAAGCUGAAAAACAAAUGGUGGUACGAUAAAGGUGAAUGCGGACCCAAGGACUCUGGAAGCAAGGACAAGACGAGUGCCUUGAGCCUGAGCAACGUAGCAGGUGUCUUCUACAUUCUGGUUGGCGGCCUGGGCUUGGCAAUGCUGGUGGCUUUGAUAGAGUUCUGUUACAAGUCCAGGGCAGAAGCGAAGAGAAUGAAGCUGACCUUUUCUGAAGCCAUAAGAAACAAAGCCAGAUUAUCCAUCACUGGGAGUGUGGGUGAAAAUGGCCGUGUCUUGACGCCCGACUGCCCAAAGGCUGUACACACUGGAACUGCAAUUAGACAAAGUUCAGGAUUGGCUGUCAUUGCAUCGGACCUACCAUAA